AUGGGUAAGGUUUGCAUCGUUACCGGUGGCUCCCGCGGGUUCGGACGCGGCAUCGCGCUCAUCCUUGCGAAGGAGCACGGGUGCACCGUUUACGCCACCGCGCGCGACCUUGGCAAGCUUCAGGAUCUCGCCGACCAGGCGACGAUCGAAUGCGCUAAACUCGGGAGCGAGGGGAAGGUUGUCCCGUGUCAGGUGGACCAGAAGGACGACGCCGCCGUCAAGGCGUUCGUGGAAGACGUCACCGCGAAGGAGGGUAAGAUCGACCUGCUCGUUAACUCCGCGUUCCAGGGCCUAGUCGCCAUGACCCCGCAGUUCGGCAAGACUUUCUGGCAGAAGCCCCUGUCCAUGUACGAGGCCGAGGUGGACAACUUCGUCCGGUUCGCGUACGUCAUGAGCUACUACGUCGCACCCGUGAUGGUCAAGAACAAGUCCGGCCUGAUCCUCGGCAUCAGCAGCGCCGGAGGCGUCGUGUACUUCGCCGACGUGGCCUAUUGCGCCGGCAAGGCUGCGUUUGACAAGAUGCAUCACGACAUGGCGUGCGAGCUCAGGGAGCACGGCGUGUUUUCCAUGACGCUCUACCCCCAGGCUGGUAUCACCGAGAACGCCAACUUCCCCGGCGGUGACACGCCCUCCUACGCGGGUCGCGCGGUCGCCGCGCUGAUGAACGCGUCCGAGGAGGACAUGACCACGCUCACCGGCAAGGUGAUCCAGACCCGCGAGGUGGCUGAUAAGUUCGGCUUCACCGACGUCGACGGAAAGCACCCCGACGGUCCGUUCACCAACCCAGACGCGAUCGCUGGAAUGCGCAAGGCGAUGCGCAAUCCGCCUCAUCUCAACCUGGACAGCCCGCCCAUCGACCCGGACGGGUGGAAAUCGAUGAACGCCGAGGGUUUCGCGGACAUGUUCCCCGGGUACAAGGCUUAG